AUGUAUGAUAAGAGCGAGUUUAUUCCAGAACGCAGGUAGAUACAGUUCUGCACGCCAUUUUGGCUCACAACUGCAAGCACGGGGUGACCUCGGAGGCAAGGAGCUAAGACUGAAAUCGAGUUCUCCAAAGCAAUCUCCCUGCUGCCGUUGGUCUACGCUGAGAAUUUAUCGAUCGCCAAUUAACGGCCUCCACACAGUCACUGACUAUCAUUUCGUGCGAUGGAUCCAAGCAACGGCAUUGGGGUACAAUUGGAUACCCACAUCACUAAGGAAAGGUUUAAAGGACGAGUAGGGAUUGUCACUGGAGGUGCAUCCGGUAUAGGUCGUGCAACUGUAGAACGGUUCGCGAAUGACGGAGCUAGCGUCCACUUCUUUGACAUUGACGAGAAGAAUGGAAAAGCACUGGAGGCGUCACUUCAGGAGGCGGGUCACAGUGUUACGUACCAUAACGUUAAUGUGACUGAUAAAGCUAGAUGUGAUGAGGCAGUAGGGAGCAUAGCGGCUGAGAACGGUGGAGAAGUGCACAUGCUCUUCAAUAAUGCUGCAUGCUUCUUGUCUAAAGGUCUGGAAGCAACGCAGGAAGAUUGGACAAAGAGCUUUUCUGUCAAUGUGGUUGGUUAUUCAAAUAUGGUGCAAGCCUGCUAUCCAUACAUGCACAAAGGACAAGGAUGUGCGAUCGUCAACAAUGCCAGUGGACUCGUCCAUCGUGUUCAGCCAAACAGAUGGACCUAUGGUGGCACCAAGGGUGCAGUGUGGUCCAUGACACGUUUCAUGGCACUAGACCUUUCUCCCGAGGGUAUACGAGUCAACAGCAUUUCACCUUGCAUCGUUUGGACACCCGAAGUUGCUCGGCGCUUCCCCGACCGAGCCGGAGCGGAGGAGUACUUCGGGAAAUUACAACUGCUGAGGAGAAUGUGCGAGCCAGCCGAGGUCGCCGCCACUGUUGCCUGGCUCUGCAGUAGAGACGCAUCCUUCAUCACAGCAGCAGAUAUACCCGUGGAUGGAGGAUACCUCGCCAUGUCAGCGGAGGGGUUUGGCGACGCGAAACUUAGUGACCGCUGCAACAAAUCCCAGGGCGAAACAGAGGAGGCAGAGUAGAUAGCAUUUGAUUCAAAUCUUGAAAGAACUCAUAACUAUUGCAGUAACUCUAAUGCAUUUGCGUAGCGAUCCUGUACCUGACAAAGCCACGAUACAUGCAGGUCUAUGGACCUAUCACCAGUCACAAAAGGUACACCUUUAACCGUUGCGUUGUUGUGACUGGCGACCGAUUCUUGGGGUGCUGCUGUCGCUGGGACGCCGUCUUACAACAACAAUGAAAUACAACAACUUUGUCACCCAAAAUAUCGAAACGGUUCCAACGCCAUCCCACGUCAAAUAGCAAAACUACUCAGAUAUGAUAUUUUAACGAAAAAUGAGCAGGAUUCACCCCAUAGGCCACCCACAACUGCUGUUAGGAGUUGCCAAAUAGAGCUGUAGGCCUAGAACUGGUAAUUGGGUUUCCUUUCACGACCGAUUCCACGGACAAUAACGAGAGGUCAAAACAGUGUCUCAGAGAACUUUCCUUUUUCUAACAAAAUUGCAAUAGACACUGGUAUUAAAAGGCAUCUUUGUCCAGAACUGCGGGCAUCGCCAUGGCAUGUAGCUUUUGAGUAACUACAUAUUAUCAACUUUGUACUUUUUGAUUUUUGAAGACUGAUCUACGAGUAUUGAUACUGGUUUAAGAUUGCAUUCUCUGGCACCCUGCGCUAUCUUCAAAACUGUUGUCGUGACUUAACUAUAAGCACUAUAAUUGUCUAUUUUGUAUCAGGUUGUGGGCUAUCGAAUAAAACGAUUAAUGAAUA